AUGUAUAAAUUGAUCACCCUGAGAUCCUUUGCUAGACAAAUAUCUUCCAGUAUUCACACGGACAAGAGCGAACAGAAAUAUAUAAAUAAAUCUAAUUAUAUGAGUGAUCGAUUUUAUGCAGAAAAUAAGUAUAACAUUUAUUUUGCUAUUACUUAA